GCUGUGUACGACUCAGUCAGAAUACAACAGCGCAUGCUUUAAGUGAAGUAUUCUGAUUUUGGAGUCUAACCCUUAAUAAUGUCUAUAUUUUAUAAACGGAUCGUUUCGGGAGCUUUGAGCGCACAUCUUAUGAGACUACCAGUCUUGACUCAGAGGUUGGUAGUGAGUGACUGUGGCAGCAGAAACCCCAACUUCAACCCCAGCAGAACCCAGUCCGGCAAGAGCUACAAUGUUCCGCCGAGUGCGGAGUUCGUUGCGAGGGUCUCCGGCAUCGCUACGAUGGCCAAACUACCGUACAGAGAGACCGCGGAGGGUCUCUACGCGGCGUUUGUUGGCGUGCCCAUUGAUACUGGAACCUCCAACCGACCAGGAGCACGGUUUGGUCCUCGACAGAUAAGGGCAGAAUCUGCGAUGUUGAGGGCGUACAACAGCUGGACUAGGGCAGCCCCCUACGAGUCCAUCAUGGUGGCUGAUAUUGGGGACAUUAACGUCAAUGUCUAUGACCUGAAGGACACCUGCAAACGCAUCCGAGAGGGCUACCGUAAGAUCGUGGACACCGGCUGUAUCCCUCUCACUAUGGGGGGGGACCACACAAUUGCCUACCCAAUCCUUCAGGCUGUUGCUGAAAAAUAUGGCCCGGUGGGUCUGAUUCACGUGGACGCCCAUGCGGACACCAGCGACAUAGUGCUGGGGGAGAAGAUCGGCCACGGGACCCCCUUCAGGCGGUGUGUGGAGGAGGGGCUUCUAGAUUGCAAGAGAGUCGCCCAGAUCGGCCUGAGGGGGAGUGGCUACUCGCCUGAUUCUUAUGAGUGGAGCCGUGCGCAGGGUUUCCGUGUCGUGCAAGCAGAAGAGUGUUGGUUCAAAUCCCUGGAACCUCUGAUGGUCGAGGUCAGGGCUCAGAUGGGCAGUGGGCCGGUGUACCUGAGCUUCGACAUCGACGCUCUAGACCCAAGCUUCGCCCCCGGAACAGGCACACCUGAGAUAGCAGGACUGACCACCAUACAGGGGCUGGAGAUUGUGCGGGGCUGCCGUGGGCUCAACCUGGUCGGGUGUGAUUUGGUAGAGGUGUCUCCAGCGUAUGACACGACAGGAAAUACAGCGCUGACUGCCGCAAAUUUGCUUUUUGAAAUGAUGUGUGUGCUGCCGAAAACUAAAUAUUACCCAAAAUAAUACAUUCUGAAUCCUUCUUCUACAUUUCAUCAAAUCAACACAAAUUUCAAUGUGAAGUGUGAAGGUGUGAGAUUUUUGUGGAAUAAAUACCUUUUCACUAAAUCAUAAAUGUAAAAUUAGAAAGCAUUGCUUAUGACCAGCAAGAGAAUAUAUGCACAAUCUGAGACUAAUCAAAUUAAACUCAUCGAUGCCUUUUACAUUUCAUUUAAUAGUUAUAAUACCAAAAGACAAUGUUUAUGGGCACUAUAAAACAAUAACCACAUCUUGAUAAUAAAUCCAUGUAAAACAUGAA